GUCUUUCGUAUCAUCUAAAAAGGUCGGAUUGCAAGUAAAAAGCGGCAAUUCAUGGGCAAUGAUAUGUGGAGGAACACUUGUCACCGACGGCAAUGCUUUGAGGGUCAUCACUGCUGCCCAUUGUUUGAGUGGUAUACGGCCAGACACUUACAGGAUUGUUUUUGGCUUGCAUCUGAGAAGUCAACAGAACAGUAACCUUAAUACCAUCGUGCAAAGGUCGCCGACAAAUGUUGUCCCACAUUCCGGGUACAGCAGUAAUACACUGAGUAAUGACAUCGCCGUGUUUGGUUUUGGCUCCAGUUUUACUAUGGACACUCUUGCGGGUACGUUUGCAUCACCUGCCUGUUUACCUGACGUAUUACAUACCACUAAUGAAGUAGGGAUUGUAUCAGGUUGGGGUACUAUAAGAGAAGGUACUUCGACUUAUAGAGACCCGUUACAAUUCGUGACAAAGAACCUAAUGACAAAUGCUGAAUGUGAACAGACCGGAAAUAAGGGUCAGAUUGACAGUACAAUGCUUUGCGCCGGUGAUGUAGGGAUUGACGCAUGCCAGGGUGAUUCAGGUGGCCCGCUUGUUGUAAACAGAAAUGGUCGUUACACCCUAGUCGGUAUGUAUUCAAUCUUUCUCAAAUUUCCAGUUUUCAUUCGGCUUUAUAUAGGAUUUUUGAUAAGGCGCGGAUUCUGUGGAAUUGCAUGUUCUCAAUAA